AAAAUCGCUGUCUACGCUCCUUUCUUUCGCAAGCGAUGCCUUUGGGUUGAGUUCUCCCACCUAGUUUUCUGAAGAUACACAUCCUGCGUCUUUGGAAAACGACGCUCAAGUUGGGCAAGAUGUCCCAUAGCGAGGAUGAGGCUCCCCUCUCUGAGGCUCCCCUCUCUGAGGCGGGCGCGAAAGCUCUCGUGGAGCGCAUAGCUGAUGAGCAUGGCUAUGUGGGUGAAGAUGUCUUGCGAACGAUGACGCCCGAAGCGAGGCGGGUCGUCGAGAGGGCAUUCCAUAUGAAAGAUGCGAUGAUCGGAUCAAGCGUAAUCACGCUAUCUAAGAAUCUAUAUACAAGCCCUGCGCGCUUCGUGUUCGAAAUGCUCCAAAAUGCGGACGAUAACAGCUACUCUAGAGCUCGGGCUCGCAACGAGGAGCCUUAUGUGACAUUUAAUGUUUCUCCUCAGUAUAUCACUGUCGAAUGCAACGAGGACGGUUUCACUCGCAAGAAUCUCAGUGCUAUUUGUAGUAUUGGCAAGAGCUCGAAAAUGGGUGCCCAGGGAUACAUCGGAGAGAAAGGAAUUGGGUUCAAGUCCGUAUUCAUGGCUGCCUAUAAAGUACACAUACAGUCCGAAAACUUCUCAUUCUCUUUCCUUCAUAGGCGUGGCGACUCGGGGAUUGGCAUGAUCUCUCCAGUCUGGGAAGAGUGGGAAAACCGUCCGCCCUCUGGAAUCACGAGAAUCAAGCUAUUCCUCAUUGACAAUCUCGAUGUUAAGACUGAGGUGGCUGAACACCCAAUUAUGCAACAGUUCCGAGAAAUCCAAGAGACCUACCUACUAUUCAUGAAGAAUCUUCGCUGCGUGAAGGUGAACUUCAUUAAUGACCACGAAUCACAUAUUUCAUCGGCCGUCUAUUCCAUCAAAGCCUCAUCCAACGGAAACCGGGCAUCAUUGAUAAGACAGAAAGACGGUGACACGCACCGAGUCAAGAACUAUCACGUUACUAGGUCUCUCGCACGGAAUCUUCCUCGAAAUGAGAGCCGCGAGUACUCGGAAACGGAACUGGCCACAGAAUCAUGGUCCUCGUCAGAGGUUGUCCUCGCAUUCCCUUUAGAUGGUGAUGGGUGUGCGCCGGAAGAAGUCGAGAGCCAGCAGGUUUUUGCGUUUUUGCCCAUUAGAAACAUGGGCUUCAAGUUUUUGAUCCAGGCAGAUUUCGUGACUCAAGCCAACCGCCAAGACAUUGUCACCUCAUCCAACAGAAAUCAGGCUCUUCGUGAUGGGAUCGCGGACACAUUUGCCGAGGCGAUGGCACAAUUAUGCGCAGAUGGCUUACUCAGAUAUACGUGGAUAAGAUAUCUGCCAGUGAAAUCAGAUUAUCCAUGGGAUGAGUACUGGAGCGGGCUCUAUGAGCGUAUCAGAAGCAAAGUAAUAGCGACGCCUCUGAUGCAUUCUUUCACCGAGACCUUCCCGCACAGAAUUGAAGAGGUGCGAAAGUCGAGACCUACCGAUGCUGACGAUAACGGUGAUCCAAUCUUCAAGAAUAUCGAUCCAGAAAAGUACUUAUCGAAGCGAUACCUUAAGUCGGAACUGGACAAGAUUCACUGCUACUAUGGAUUAAAAGAGAUGGAGUAUAGUGAGAUUCUAAUGCGGGCCUCGGAAGAUCUCAAAACCCCCAAUUCUCGGAUGAAGUCACCGGAGACAGGAGAUGAAUGGCAUGAAAAGGCUGCAAGACUGCUGUGCUACGCUUUUGCUGAAGAUGAGCAACUCAAGCAGACUGUCGAAGAGCUCGACGUGAUCCCGCUUCAGAACGGAGAAUGGAUAAGAGCGAGACAUGCACAUCAUCAAUUAUCAUUCCCAGAUACUGAUGGCGGCCUUCCUAUCCCCCAUGACCUUCCAUUUAGCAUAAUUAGUUCAUUAGCUUCGGAAGGUGACUACCGUAGUCAACUGUACGGACUUCUUGGAGCAGUGCGCCCGUCGAAUCCCUUGGUACGGCAACUCAUUUUCGACAAAUACUCAGCCUUGAUCAGCCGAAAUGUAGUAUUCGAUGGCUGGGACCAACCAGAUAUCUCCAUAGCCCACCUAGAGUUCCUUUACCAAACUGAUGGCCCAAAGCCUGUAGACGUUGGUAAAUAUCAGCAUGUCACCGUACUCACUGAGCGGAAAGACUUGGUCACACCAUUAUCUACAGAUGUCUACAUCUCCAACGAUCACCGAUACGGCGCGAAAAACCUUCUGAAGCCAAUCGAAAACGCAACGUGUCCUGAAUUCACCAUUCCAGGAUAUCCUGUGCACUUCCUCCUGUCUGAUUAUAUAAUACCUCCUUCUGAACAGGUUAAUGAAGGUGGUGAAGAUGAGGCAAGCGCUAUUAGGUCAACAGAUGUCUGGUUGAACUGGCUUCAAGAGCGCCUUGGGGUUCUUGUACAGUUAAGACUGUUCAACGGCGCCUCUGAAUUUACGGAUAUGUUUUGCUGGAUCAUCAGUAACCGACCAGAAGAGAUCCUUGGCCUCCUUCAUCAUCAGUGGCCUAUCAUUAAAGAUCAGGUCUCUCAUAGUUCGGAGAUCAAAGAGAAGAUCGCCAAUAUUGCGGUUCCAUGUGCCGGAAGUCCCGAUUUACAUUCUCUGUCUAGGACAUAUCUUCCCACACCAGAACUGAAAUCACGCUUCUCUCAAUACGUGGAGGGUACGGAUGAAUUUGCAUUUCUCAACUUUGAUGAUACCCUAGCUCCUAACGAUCUGUCGUCGUGGUCCUUUCUUCACGAUUAUUUUGGCGUGGGAAAAUCUGAUACACUCCUGUUCUAUCUCGAUGUCCUUGCUGCUAUGAACCGCAGUCAGGUCACUGAGCCCCGAAGAGUGUUCGAAAUUUACCAGAUCAUAUAUGGAAAAGUGAUCAGCUGGGAAGACAUUGCAAUUGGACGGGAGCUCGUCAGAUCCUUCUUCCAAGACCACGCCCUGGUAAUGCUUCCUACAGAAAACGGUCUAAGAUGGGAGCACAGUGAUAGCUGUCGUUGGAACGCCCCCAUGAACAUGAAGUCCGUUUCGGGACUAGAGGGUUACUAUUCUCCAAUCUAUGAGGAUAAUGCGGCUUUAAGGAGCACUCUAGGCCCCUUUAUGCGCGAGAUAGUCGGGGUGCGGGACCUGUCUUGGUCGGAUAUCGUCACUGAGCUAGAACGACAGAAGACAGACAGCGCAGGUUGGGACAAGGGAGUAAUAUGCCAAAUGUAUCAACUAUUAGCUAAUCUGAAGCCGGAUCUUACCGAAGAUGAGCUGGUUGAAGUCAAGGAUUUAUUCAGCACUAAAGAGUUGGUACUCGCUUCUGGAGGCUGGCACACGACAGAGGCCUGUAUAUGGUCUAGCGCUACCAGUAUACCUGGGAAAGUCGCCCUCAAUACCGAUUGGCCUUCCAUGAAGAUGUUCUUCGUUCAUGUUCUGGGAGUAUCGACAUUAACGCUGAACAUGGCCUACGAGGAAUUGCAGAGGAAGGGAGUAUCUGAAGGCGUAACCAUAUCCGAGGUGAAGCAAGAGCUCUGGCAGUUCAACUCUCUCCUUGCUACCGCCCAGGAGAAGCUAGAUGCCGGCCCGAUUCUUAAGGGUCGAAUUUUUCCCGUGCGGUCGCCCGAUGGUUCAGUGGCACUUCUUUCAGCGGCGGAGAACGACUUUGCGAUAGUCGACAGAAAAGCUCUGGGACAGAAAUUUGAGCAAUCGGCAAGAUUGCUUGAUUUUGCCUUCGAUGAAGUACAUCGUCUCCGACAUUUCCUGGAAUGGGCUGGAUUAGAUGAGCGCCGUCUUUCUGUUAGAGUUACUGAAGUGACAGCACCGGCCAGCAGUGAAGGUGGUACGCUUGAAGAGUCCGAGCGACAGAUCAAACCAAGAGCGUAUGCGCUGUGUCGUAUCGCGACACAUGUGCGCAGUCCUAGGGCGCAAGACCCCGAAACAUUCUACCAGCUGCUCAAAAACUCGACGAUCAUUGAAACGGACGCCAUAAAAUCCGAGUUGCAUCUCCAAGAAGAUGACCAGAUUUUGAAAGUAGAGCAAUUCCAAGCCGAGCUUCACAUUGAUGCUACGCAGGAUACUUUACGCAUAUACGUUCCUAAAGACGCAGUCCGUCAGGACAUAUGUUUCCUCUUUAAUCUCCCUUAUGCCAUCUACAAAUGGAUGAUGGAAGAUAGUGACGCUACCGUGGGCAUACGGGAAAGCGAACAGGCUAAACGUAUCAUUCAAAGUGUCUUAACUGCCAACCCAUCGUCACUCGAAUUGCUUCUAGAAAAGGAAGGUAUUGUGGAGCUGAGUUUUCCAGAAGUGGAAGAGGAGGAAGUAAUGGAAGAGGUCGUGAUUAAUUCCACAGAGGAAGUUGACUACUACUCGGAUAUGACAUUCCAGCAAACCUCCGACAGUUAUUAUGCAAGCGGCGAAGACGAAGCGCCGAAUACGCCUAUCCUCUCAGAAGGUGACAGCGCUACGUUAGUGAGCGAACUUGACAAUACAUUGGCACAGACUCCGACGACAUCCUCUUGGCCUAGUCCUCUCGUCGAAAACAAGGAGGAUCAAGAUGAAGAAUAUCCUCUUUCUCCCAACACAUCUCAGGAGAAACCCUUCGAUUGGCCGACUGAGCCCAACACCGCUUCUCCCGAGACGGUGCGUGCUGCUCCUCCGUCGCCAGAGCCAGCCACGUUCUCGCAGCCAUCCACACCUGUUCCUUCGCGGCCUGGCACUCCGACAGAUCAGGGUGACCGGAAAGACCGAAGAAACAGGGAUGACAUUGAUAUGCGCGGAUCCGCAUACCUUACUCUUCUCAACAAGGUUAUCAGCGUAGCCCGUGGAGCUUGUCUUCCGAACAAGGGGACCUUGGAUUUGUCAGCGAUGAAGGUCAAAAUGAAUGAAGUCGACACAAGUAUCAAUGAGGACUAUUUCAAACUGCGCACUGCCCGUGCGAUCGAGCGAGACAAGAUGCUUGGAGCCGCCGGAGAGUUAUAUGUAUAUGAGUUGCUAUCGAACGCCAACGUCGGGCUGUCCUUCCCCCGCACGCGGUGGCAGAGCAUUAUCCGUACAUAUGUGACUGUGCACUCAGAUUACGCGGACAUGGGACCUUGGACGGGAAUCGAGACAGCUGAUUUCGUGUACACCGACUUUGAUAGUGUCCUAACUACUGCUUUGAUCGAUAAUGGUUAUCUCAAUAAGGAGGUAUGGAAAGGGCGGGAGCCGACAUACUAUAUUGACGUGAAAACCACGACAGGCGUGUGCGAGACUCCAUUCAUGAUGAGCAAGUCGCAGUGCAAGAGGAUGAGGACGAAGAGCAAUGGCCCCAGAGGCAAAGAAAGACAGGAUAGCAUAUAUGUUGUGUUCCGAGUCUUCAACCUCGGCAAGUCAUCGAUGGGCUGCGCGAUUUAUGUUGACCCGGAUGCUAUGAGGGUCCAAGCCGCUCUGAACUUUAGGGCAGAGACUUGGUCGGUCGUCCCCAGGGCAUCUGCGUAACGAUCAAGCUGGCUUCCGACAGGAAACAAAGGGAGAGGGUGUUGAGCGGUGAAGUAAUCAUGUACUGGUGAGGAUACUGGUCGACGUCGCCCAUCAUGAGACGGUCAUGAACACACGACGACACUUUUUCUACAUGACUUGAAUUUGAUUUCAUGUCAUUGGCAUCUGUACUCUGCAUUAGCCAUCGGACCGCACAUAUUGCAAAGGAGUUACCGGAAGUAAGGCAUAAGGACAAUGAGCGGCACAAUACCUAAGCGAUGGAGGAUUGAAUUUCGGGCGGACUCUCAUAUUUGACUUGGGUUGGAGUUUUUUUAAUAAGAAAAUUUUUAUCACUCUUCUCUCUAAAGCGUUACGAUCAGCCUGACAUAUAUAAAAUAAAAGGAAUAAGAGUAGAGUGGUAAAAUGGUGUUAUAUUUGAUAUCAGUUCCCUCUCUUAUAGUAGGUACCUAGGUACCUAAGGUAGGUAGGUAGGUAUUUACGCUACAGCAUCU